ACAAGAGAACAUGUGUUAAAUAACUGUCCUUGUGUGUGAAGCAGCAAACUCAGCUCUGUCUGAGGUGAAAUCCGAGUUUAUUACCCCGUGCUGCUCCGUAAUGGCGGUGUCUACUCAUAUCUCUAAAGUCCGCUCGUUGUACAAGAGGAUUCUGGUCCUUCAUCGCUUCCUGCCCAUUGACCUAAGAGCCCUGGGGGACCAGUAUGUGAAGGACGAGUUCAGGAGACAUAAAGGCGCGUCACCCGAGGAGGCGAAGGGCUUCAUGGUAGAGUGGCAGCAAUACAAGGACACCAUGCAGACUCAGGUACUGGAUUCAGCGAGGGAGCAACUCAGCUCAGUCAAGUUUGGAUCCAACCUGUCAGAGGAGAAACUCAUUGACUUCCAGGGGGAGCAGAUAGGCCAACUUUACGAACUCAUGCUGGAGUCCACCAAACCCAACCGACAGUUUGACAUCCAGGAGGACAGCAAGUGAAGCCAAGGGCAGAAGGUGCUGGGAUUCAGACCACAAAUAUUCCCCCUGAGUGCUUGAGAUGAAGAGUGUUACUCAAAGGCAGAGUGGAGGCUUUAAGGAAUAUUUGAUUAUAUUUAAGUGCUGUGUAAUAUCUCUGUGUUCCUGUACUUGACUCUUUUACUGUGACAAUAAAAAGAGGUUACUCAUGCUCCCUGCAGGAGCAUUAAGUUGUACUAA